AUGGGACAUGAAGACGUGAGCCACCUGCAGACAAAUUUGGGGCUGUUGAGGGUGCGCGCUAUCUGCACUCCCACACUGACCAACCAGAGCGAGCGCUUUUUCAUUACAACAGGAACCAUGAACAGAGCCAUCGUUAAAACCACAUUAAACGGGUGUCGUGGGUUCUCACGGUCCACCAUAGCACUCCAGAAGGCCGGAACGCCCCAGGUUUAUGACCGUGGACAACAAAGGUACGAAAUCAUUUCGGGUGCACCCUCGGAGAUGUCUACUAGCCGAGUGGUUCGGAUCUUCAAAGAGUCCAAACCGGCCACCCAAUCGUCCAACCACAACGGAAAAAUGUGGAAAAUGGACUGGGACUUGCUUGGAAAAGAGCACCGUUGGGAAGAUCAUUUAAUUGGUUACCAAUCCAGUGGAGAUUACAUGCAAGGAACACAGUUGAAGUUUGACACCAAGGAGUCUGCUAUAAAGUUUGCCCAGAGCCAAGGAUGGGACCACUACGUACAAGAGCCCAACGUGAAGCAUUUUAGGAGAAAGGAUUACUCUGCUAAUUUUUACCACUCUGCGGGUCCAUUGAAGCAUAUUAGAACGAAGUGA